CUUGGGUAAAAGUUAGAAUUUUGAAUAUGGCUGGUGAUUCUACUGCUGAUCGUUCUCUCUUCGGUGGCGCUGUUUCCACUACUUUCCCUAUCCGUUUCCAGGAUGUUAGUAAUGUUCGUCAAGUUCCUGAUCAUCAGGAGGUGUUUGUGGACCCUGAGCGCGAUGAGAGUUUGAUAAUUGAGCUUCUGGAUCUGAAGAUGGAUGUAGCAGACAGUGGAAGUGCCACUUGGUUUAUUCAAGACCUUGCCAAUGAACAAGAGGCUGAGGGAACUACAAUCACUGAGCAGUCAGCAGUGUUUGAGGCCCCUGAAUUGUGCUAUAGAAACAUGCCUUCUGUCAUCACCACCGCUGUUGGUCAAAUGGCAGUUGCUAAGGGAAGACAAGGGAGGGAAGCACAGAACUUGGUUAAGGUGUACCUGGCAAACAUUCGCCUUAAGGAAGUUGGGACUGAUGUACUGAUAACUGCAUAUGAGCCUCUAGUAAUUAACCCCUUGAGUGAGAGUGCUACCGCAGUCGGGGCAGGCAUUGCUGUACCUGCUGCACAGUCUGGAGUUAUGCCAAUGGCUGAAGUUUUUAAACUUGCAGUCUCUAAUUUCAAAGUGCACAACUGGAGUCUCUUUGGUUCUGCUGCUGCUUGAGUUGCAGUUACACACUGGUUGAUUAUUGGUCCAUUUUCGAAGAGCCCGAUUUUUUUUUUUCGUAUUCAAUUAGUUGCUUAGAUGGUUCCUGUUUUAGUAGACUGAGGGAUAUAGAAAGUGCAGUAUUUCUACUUUUUGUUCUGAAUUUGGUGUAUAAUAUUCUGUAAUCUCUUUGCUUUCCUUGGUUAAGUUAAUGAGUAAAGUAUACACUUCACUACAAAA